AUGGGAGAGGAAGAAGCAUGCAACGUAGGGCUUGGUCUCGGUAUCGGCAUGGGGGAGUUUCGGCCUAAGAGGGACCUGCAGAAAAAUAAGCGUCCUGUUUGUUUGAAUUUCUCGUUUCCAAUUCACCCGAAAGAGGAAGCUAAUGAUUCAGAAUACAAGAUCGAUGGAUCAAGUUCAAAGACCAUUGACGAAGAUCAUGCUUACAUCAACAACAACAAUGCCACGAAUUGCCCAAGGAAGAAAUUGAGGCUUACCAAAGACCAAUCCACUUUGCUUGAAGACAGCUUCAAACUGCAUAGUACCCUUAACACGGCCCAAAAACUGACACUUGCCAAGCAGUUAAAUCUCCGGCCACGACAAGUAGAAGUUUGGUUUCAAAAUAGAAGAGCAAGGACUAAGUUGAAGCAAACAGAAGUAGACUGCGAGUUCUUGAAGAAAUGUUUUGAAGGUCUAAAUGAUGAAAAUCGGAGGUUGAAGAAAGAGUUACAAGAGUUGCGUUCAUUGAAGCUCGAACAACCACCACCAUUUUACAUUCAACUUGCAAAGCCUACGACGCUUACAAUGUGUCUGCCAUGCGAGAAGGUUGUAAAAGCUCGUGAAAGUGAAGCGAAAAAUUCAGCUACGGCAGCAGCCAUUGUUGAUGUGGUCCUCAAAGAUAAUAAAACCGUCUGCGGCUUGGAUGAUAGGAGUUAG